AUGUGGUUUCCUCAGAUCAUUGCUGGGAUGGCUGCUGGUGGUGCCGCUAGUGCUAUGACUCCAGGCAAGGUUCUCUUUACUAAUGCUUUGGGUUUAGGCUGUUCCAGAUCUAGGGGGUUGUUUUUGGAAAUGUUUGGUACUGCUGUGUUGUGUUUAACAGUUUUGAUGACUGCUGUUGAAAAACGUGAAACUAACUUUAUGGCUGCGCUUCCAAUUGGUAUUUCUUUAUUCAUGGCUCACAUGGCUUUGACCGGUUACACUGGUACCGGUGUCAACCCUGCAAGAUCUCUGGGUGCCGCCGUUGCUGCCAGAUAUUUCCCUCAUUACCACUGGAUCUACUGGAUUAGCCCACUUUUGGGUGCCUUCUUAGCCUGGUCAGUGUGGCAAUUAUUACAAAUCCUUGAUUACACUACAUACGUUAAUGCCGAAAAGGCGGCAGGUCAAAAGAAGGAAGACUGA